AUGAGUGCGUUGAGGCAGAAGGCAAAAGUCUUUUUGGGGGGUAUCUCCAGUUCCAGUGCUCCAGCAGCUGGGCGUUCAAAAACCGGGAGAGAAGUCAACGACAAGGCCCAGGCGAACGAGGGGAAAGCAGCCAUUAUGGCCACUCCGUCUGCUAUUGCAGCCACCCAGGCAGCGAAUGUUGCUUUCUUCCCUACCCAAAGAACUGCCCCUGUGACCAGUAGUGCGUUGGAAAAGCAGAGUGUCCGCGUCACAACAGCACCACAAAUAGUACCCGACCAUGAUCCCUCUGCCAGUCAAGCUUCGGAAUCUAGAGGAUCUGCCAUGCCUAUCGCAGCGGAAGCAGAUCGCUUUGGAGACGGUGACUCAGUCUCACAGAUUGGUACAGACAUACAUGAGCUCGACACUGAGCCUUCGAGCACAAAAAUGCCUGAACGCCGGGUUGGCCUGCUCAGAUCGCGAUUCUCCAGCAAGCAUGCACGGUCUGCCGCUGCUGCUCCCACAGAGUUGCCAGCCGAACCACUAAAGGCGAGUCAAAGGCAGACAGGCAUGCCGGAAUUGGACGCUACUGGCGGUGUAAUACACAGUCAAGCGGACGGUCAGACCGGCACAGUGGCAUCUCGCUCGAAUAAAGCCGUUGACGAUGAGCUCUACCGCGUCGAUAAAGAGAUCCGGAAAGCAGCAAAAGGCAUGGUAGAUGAAAGUGAGCUCGACGCCGCAUUCAAGAAGCGAGGUACCAGCGGUGCUUUCACGCGCCUCAUCGAAGCGUAUGAGCCAGUAUUGGAGGCGGAGAAGGAGCUGAAUAACCUCGAAGACAAGGUCCGAGAAGCCACGAAGGGACACGUACAGACCAUGGAGGUCAAUGCAGAGAUCAGAGAGCGCGGCCCCGCGGGUGGCCUGCAGCUUCUGCUUGACCAUUGUCAGUCGGCGCUCAAAGCCGAGCAAGCCUUGAGACGCGUCGAGGACAAGAUACGAUCUGCGAAUCACGACGUCCGGUCAGCCGAUCUGGUCCAUGCCCAGAAGACCGGCGGUGCCGAGGCCAUGCUUGCACUGGUAGUCGAGGAUUACCAGGUGAAAAAGUCUGCAUCCCUCAUCUUGGAGCGCGUAGCCAAGCAAAUUAAAAAUGCGUCGCCCCAGACUGCCCGCAAGGAGGUCGACGCUGCGUUGAGAUCGAGGGGAGCCGGCGUGGAGAGUGCGCUUGCUCUUCUCGUGGCUGCCUACCAACCCUAUGCCGAUGCACACAAAGAAUUGACCGCUAUCGAAGGCGAACUCAAAAGAGUGGCCCGCGAAAUGGCGUGGACCCUUGAUGUGGAUCUCAUAUUGAAGAGAUCGGGUCCCGAGGGCGCUUUGAGGGUCCUCAUCGAGCACCUCCAGGCAAAGACAGAGAGCCUGCGAAAGCUGGAGGCACGGUACAGCGGCCUCGAGCAAAGUUGGAAGAAGUUGACGGGUGAAAAUCAUGCACUCAAACAGGAGCAAUCGCAGCAUCAGGCGAAUAUCGACGACUUGAACGCCAAUCAUCGGUUCCGAAUGGCCAAUCUCGACGAAACAUGGAAAGACAGCCUGGAAAAGCAGCAGAAGGACGUAGCCAGUCAAGCACAGAUAGCGGACCAGCGGCAUCGCAGUGAAAUGGAGAGUCGAGAGGCCAGUCACCGAAAUGAAAUCGCCACGUGGAGGGCCGCCAUGCAGUCUGUCAAGGAAAAGCACGAGAUUGAAUAUAAAGAGCUGAAGACUGCCAAGGAAAACCUGGCGCAAGAAUAUAACGCUAAAGUGAAUCGUAUUCGGGAGGAGUUUGAGGCAAGAGAAAAGGAGGCUCGCAAACGCGAAAUGGAGAGGAUUGAGCAACUCCGCCUCGAAGCCGAGGACUUGAAAGGCGAGCUGGUCAGGCGAGACCAUUUCAAGGGCUUGUCGGACCCAGAAAUAUGCAACCGGUUCACAAAGCUGGCCCAGGAAGUGAGCAGCUUCUCGAGAGUCCAGUGGGAGAAGAAGAAAGAGACUCGCUGGCCCAUGCAGGAGAAUGCGCUGCGGCGCACCGAGAAUCCCAGGAAGCUGAAACAGCAGAUCGUCCAGAGCACCAUCUGGAUGAUCCUGAAGGAGAGGAUCUUCCACUCCCCCUUUGCACUUCUUGGGGACGAAGGCCAAAGAAUACACCGCGAAUGGACGAGCGAGUAUGGCGAAGACCCAAGCUCCGAGCUGCCUCGUUGGCCUGAAGCUACCGAGGACUCCGAGUCAUGGCGAUUCGACCGCAUCAAAGAGUACUGGGACGCCUCCUCGAAGAAGACCGACUCGGGUGCAUCGCGCAGGUUGAAGCCCCCGUACGAUCAAAGCAUCGCCGCGGCCGUGGACGACAUCCGCAACACAGUAGAGACCAUCUCGACACUGUCGCCCCAUGACCUCCAACUGAUCCGCGAUUUUGUCGAGCUCGCCGCCACCUUCUGGUUGGACGUAUCGUCACUAAAAUGCCGCGUCUAUCUGGUCUUUCCUGCCCAGGGCGUCAAGGCCCUGGUCCAUCGCAAGCCGGCGACCGCCACGGCCGACCUGGUCAUUCAGCCCGAGGUCCGAAGGAGAGGCAAUGCCCAGGGCCAGCGGUUCGUCAAGGAACAGGUCGUGACGGGCUGUGAAGGCGAGAGGACGAGGUUCUAG